GGCAAUCGUGAGGCGGCUGCCAUCUUGAGCCCUGAGGUGCGGCUGAAAUCUUUCAGUUUCUUGUAGGUUUUCGCUUAGAAUUGUGACUCCGCGUUUCUUCCAGCUUUUCAGAGGCCCGUAUCUUUCUAAAAGAAGGUUUUAUUGGGAAGUGAAGGUCAAUGCAGAGUUGCCGUAUAAGAUGCCUUAUCGUGAAAUUGAAGCUAAAUCUUUGGGACAUGGGAAAGAACUAACAAGUGAACCAUGCUAUAAAAAGUUGAAGCCAACCGGAGUUUUCUCACACCAUGGUAGUUAUAAUUUUCACAGAAGCCAAGAGAAAACUGGAAAUAAUUGGGUCCCUGUGACCAUCACUGAAGUCAGAGGCCAUAGUUAUCCUCAGGAGGACAAAACCAAAACUACAGAUUUGCUGAAACCUGUCCGUAAUGAGAUGCCCGGUAAUAGACCAGAUGUUAUUGAGUCCAUUGAUUCACAAGUUUUACAGACUUUAAGUCCUCCAUUGGUAUCCAGAGAUGAGGUAUAUAGCACAAGUAAAGCAUUUAUAGGACCCAUUUACAAACCCCCUGAGAAAAAGAAAUAUAAGGGAAGGAGAAAUCAAGCAGAUACUACCAAUGGUAUAGAUGGCAAAAGAGCACAAGAAGAGAAACAGAAAUUUAAUUCCAAAAAGUCAGAGAUUGACAAUGAAUUAUUCCAGUUUUACAAAGAAAUUGAAGAGCUUGAAAAUGAAAAAGAUGAUUUGGAAGGCAGUUGUAAGGAACCCGAAUGCUCUGAGGAACAAUUUAUUUCAUAUUAUCAGGACCAUAAUAAUGAUCUGAUAAAAUAUGAAGAAGAAAAGGAAAGAGAUCUUAGUAAUGCUCUUCAGUCACAUUGUGUUUAUCAGCAGCACAUGGGGAAUGAGCCAGGCAAAUAUCCUUGUAAUAGACAAGUAAUACCUACGUUUUGUGACCUGUCGUUUACUUCCUUCAGGCCUGAAUGGCAAUCAGCGCAUUCUUUUAUAGUACCCCGAGGUCCUCCACUUCCCAGUUCUAAUUAUCACUUAAAUUUUCAGAGAUUCCGUGCUCCACCAAGUCCACCAUCAAAUAGUUUCCGUGCCCAAGAUGGCUGUCAGAUUCGAAGUGGAUAUUAUGCAAAUACUUGUCAGGUUAAUUGGAAUUGUUUGACUUUUGAUCAGAACAAUGAAUAUACUGACUGUAGUGAGAAUAUCAGUAGUGAUCAUCUCUAUAGAAAUGGCUACAGUGUGCAAGAUGGAUUUGUGAGUAAUGGUUUCUGUGAAACCAGCGAAGGAUGCUGGAAAGAUCUUUCUAUGGACAAGCAUAUCAGAAUGGACAGGUUUAUGAACCAGCAGUUUCAAGAGGAAAAGUUAAAUAAAUUGCAGAAGUUACUUAUUCUUUUAAGAGGCUUGCCUGGUUCUGGGAAAACAACGUUGUCUCGAAUUCUGCUUGGUCGGAGUCGUGAUGGCAUUGUGUUCAGCACUGAUGACUAUUUUCACCAUCAAGAUGGGUACAGGUAUAAUGUUAAUCAACUUGGCGAUGCCCAUGACUGGAACCAGAACAGAGCAAAACAAGCUAUCAAUCAGGGGAGAUCUCCAGUUAUAAUAGACAACACUAAUACACAAGCUUGGGAAAUGAAACCAUAUGUGGAAAUGGCUAUAGGAAAAGGAUACAGAGUAGAGUUUCAUGAACCUGAAACUUGGUGGAAAUUUGAUCCUGAAGAAUUAGAAAAGAGGAAUAAACACGGUGUGUCUCGAAAGAAGAUUGCUCAGAUGUUGGAUCGUUAUGAAUAUCAAAUGUCCAUCUCUAUUGUAAUGAAUUCAGUGGAACCUGCUCACAAAAGCACACAAAGACCCCCCCCUUUAGAGGAGAAACAGAGAGAGCAAAACUUGAAGAAAACUGGGCUCAGGCUCAGCAAAACCAAGCAGAUGAGAAACAAAAAAAGAAAAAAGAAGCAUAACAGUCAUAGUGAAAUCAUGGAGGAAAAGCCAUAUGAAACCUUAGGUUAUCUAAUGCCAGGAGAUCAGGACCCAUCACAGAGUAAAGGGGAGCACUUGGAAGAGAUCAAAGAGGAGCGAGGGUGUACCGUCACUGGAAGUCUGGGAAAUGAACCAGGAGAUUUAGGGAAUGGCCAUAAAGAUGAAAGAUGGGAAAACAUCAAUCCUGAAGACAGUUUUCCAAUUAUUAUGUCUGUAGUUGAGUCGGACAAUACACCAAAGAAUUACCUCUCAAAGGAAGAUGAUGACUUGUUUCUAAAUUGUCAUUGAGGUCAAAUGAAAGCUCGGUUACUUGUCCAACAGUGACUGAAAAUCUUUCCUGUGUCGCCCGGUGAUGACUGCUCUCGCACGAAGGCAGAAAGCUUACUGGAAAUAGGCAUCCACAGUAUUAGACAUCCAGGACUGAUUUGCCGAGAACCCUUGCUCGUUUAUGCAGAAGAGGGAGAUGAUAUAUUAAAGUCUCCCGAAUGAAACAAUUCUGUGCUGUCGGUAUGGACCCCGAACUUCAGAUAAAGUUUAAAGAAAGGAGUAAAUACAACUAAAAACAAUAGGGACUUUUUUUUCUCAAACAAUUUAUCUGAUGAAGAAUUACAGCUGGUCUCUGAUAGACAACCCUAUUUUGGUAGCUGGCCUGAAGGACCUCAUAAGUGUGUAUGUGAUCAGAGAGCAAAGAAAGAUGGAUGGCAAAAGCUGGCCUGCCCUGAUGGCAGGGGGUGAUUGAUUAAAUUGACACCCAUUUCUGAAGGAGCCCUGGACCAGGAAGCAGUCCAGGAGCACUGACAGGAAAAGUUAUUGAUAGAUAAUGAAGAUUUGUCACCUCCAACUGAGAACAUAGAUUCAAUCAUAGAAACAGAAACAAAUAUCUUUGGAAGCUGCUUAAACUGGCCAUCUCAAAGAGUACCUUACAUUCAGAAUAAGAAAAGGAGGCAGGAAAGGGUUUUCAGUUUGGCACCAAACUUCACCUUACUGGGACAGAGUCAUAUCAGUGUAAGAGAAAGGGAGAAAUGUGGCUUAGUCACAGAAAGCCAUGGACUAAAACAUUAUUUUGGGAGAAGAAAAAGAUAGAAUUUCAGAAAUAAAUAAUGAAGAGGAGACUCAGGAAAACCUUUGAUCAUCAUCUAUUAUGGUUUUACUCUGAUAUUAUCAAAGAUACUGUUUUAAAUGUUGGUGGAGAGUUUUACUCUCAUUACCUGCCAUUUAACAGGCUAAGGCACUCUGUGUGUUUUUACAAAAACCCUAUUCGUUUUGGUGUACUACGGAAGGUAUCUUUUACAAGGAAGAUACCGUUUUUGACUUUCAAAUCUCAGACAAGAGUAGGUAAUAAACGAGAUGACAUAGGGUUUCUCCAGAAAUUUUAAGUAGCCCACCUGAUACUUUGUACACUUUUAGGAUCACUCCCGAUCUUCACUUUUUAAAUGAAAGCUUUGGUGAAAAGCUGAAGCCAUGGGCAGAGCCUCAGCCAUGACAGUCUUUCCACACUGAGGAACACCAGAUUCAACAGGCACUAACCUUGAUGACCUUGAGCUACUAUUGUCACCAGGGUUUGCCUUUCAACUGGUAAAGCUUUGUGGAUCUAUUUCCUGGAGUUCCAGUGGGUAAAUUGUGCUUAUUUGCUACAAAUAAA